AUGGCCCAGCUGGCUGCAGCAAGUGCUGUCCCGUGCACCCUGGUGGCCCUCGUCAUCUUCGGGGCCCCAGCCGGGGCCUGUCUCCUCUGCUUCACAUCCUACAGUGAGCGCCUGCGCAUCUGCCAGAUCUUCGUGGGCUUGGAAGGCCCGCAGCUUGAGAAGUGUGAGGAGGCCUUCACGGCUGCCUUUAAGGGCCUGCUGGACACCGAAAUCAACUAUGAUGAGAGAAGCCACCUGCAUGACUCCUUCACCCAGAUGACCCUCUCUCUCCAAGAGGUGGCCACUGCUCAGGGGUCCUUUGAGGUUGCCUUCCCUGAUGCCGCAGAGAAAAUACGGGAGGUCAUUGUACAGCUUAAAGAAGUCCAGCCCUGCAUCCCUCCCUGCGGACUCCAGGAGGUCGCCCGGCGUUUCCGCUGCCGGGGGUGCUACUCCACAGUCUGCGACCUCCCGCUGGACUGCCCAGUUCAGGACGUGGUGGUGAAACGGGGUGAUCAGGCCAUGUUCUCGUGCACGGUGAACUUCCAGUUGCCCAAACAGGAGAUCACCUAUUCCUGGAAGUUCGCAGGAGGAGGUGUGCGGACUCGGGACCUAUCCUACUUCCGAGACAUGCCGCGGGCCCGGGGGAACCUGGCGCGGAUCCGGCCCGUGCAGCCCACGCACCGUGGGACCUUCGCCUGCGUGAUCACGCACGACCAGCUCCCCCUGGCGCGACUCUACUUCUUUCUGAACGUGACUGGUCCUACCCCGCGCGGGGAGACCGAGCUCCAGCUGGCGUUUCGGGAGGUGCUCCGCUGGGCUCCGCGGGAGGCGGAGAUGAUCGAACCCUGGAGGCCGAGCCUGGGCGAGCUGCUGGCCAACCCUGAGGCUCUGACGCCCAGCAACCUGGGCCUGCUGGCAACCGCCGCAGCCUUAGCUUCAGCCGGUGUGACCCUGCUGGCGUGGAUGUUCUUUCGAUGGUACUUCAGUGGCAACUAACAAUGGUAUCUUUCUGUUACUUGUCCUUUUCCACAC